CAUCAGUGCUUCAUCAGUACUUCAUCAGUGCAAGACUGACUGAAUCUCCGGAGUAAUUUCCUUCAUUCGACACAAGCAGAUUUCAGAUCGACUGAAACAUGGCGUCUGCAGCAGAACGUAACACAGUGUGGGUCGGGUUCAUGGACACCGUUCCUGUGAUUGGGACGGUGAAGGAGGUGGUGGAGUGGGUCCUGGCUCUGUACGAGGGGAAUAAAGUGGUGGUCCUCGAAAAAGAAAAAGCCAUUUUUCAGCUUGUGCGAGAGCCACUGGAUGAACGCAUGAAGAGAUUGGCAUUGACGGAGAAACCAGAGGAAGCUGGAGCUGCAGCAUCAAAAUCUGCACUCCUGGAUAUAAAAGAGGUAAAGCAGGAUGAGCUUCUUGGUUUUCUGAGCUGCGCUAAACGGGGUCAGAAAAAACCUGCCAAAACUCCAGAAAAAGAAAAAGCUGAAAAACAACAGGAGCCUACAGAUGACUUCCUCAGAAAGAUCUUACCUGUCAAGCCAAACUAUAAAAUGGUCGAGUCACUGAAGGAAGAACGGAACAGGUCUAAACAGGGCGAACACGUCUUUAACAAAGAUAUCUUAAAGUUUCAUUUAAAACUACUGCAAGAUUUCCUGAAUGGAAAACAUUUUCAGUAUAAUCAAGAGCACAUCAAGGAGUUAGGCAAACACACUCUCGAUUCAAACACCGAGAAGGAAAUUCAGACAAACAUGAAGGUUCACUUUGAUGAGAAAGAAUUUUAUGUUAAUGCAAAUGCAAUACUGUACGGUAAAUGCUGUGCUGACCUACGUAUCGCCUUCCACAAUAUACUGAACUGCAGAAAUCCAGUCUCAGUAACCGAUCUGUUUAAAGAAAAGCUGGAGUUGAUCAUAGACAGCAUGAAUAACAACGAAAUCUAUGUGGAUAAAUUAGCCAAAGCGAAGUGGAUCAACAACGACAAGGAUAAGGAAAAGAGGUUUUAUAAAGUUAAAGGUAAAGUGGUGAACAUGUACAAAAAUGAACGUGGCCAGGACUGGAUCAUUAAUGUCAUGGAACAACUCGAACCACUGUUAAACACUUAAGAGGAGCUAUAAACACACCACCUACUGCACUGUCCUACCAUCCAGCACAAGAACACACACACAAUACACAUUUAAAAUAGAAUGAACAAACUAACCCUAAUAGAACUAAGAAAUCACCAGUGUAUAUAAUACUAAUAUUAAAAUUAUUACAGAAAUAUUUAGUCAAUAAUGUAGAGACUAUAUGGCCAAAAGUAUGAGGACACCCCUCCUAAUCAUUGAGUUCAGGUGUUUUAGCCACACCCAUCGCUAAAAGGCUAUUGUCUGUUUCCACCAUUUCCUCCUGGUCAGGGUCACGGUGGCCAAGUUUAGUAGCUCCGAUUAUGGGAGGUUGUGGAGGUAACCGGAGCACCCGGAGGAAAUCCACACAGACACACAGAAAGAACCCGGACCGCCCCACCUGGGAAUCGAUGCCGGCGCUGCCCACCGUGCCACCCAGAGCUAAUUAUACUUAAUAAUUAGAGUUUUGGGGAAGGCCCUUAUCUGCUCCAGCACAUGUAACCCUAAUUAACACAUUUGGGAUUAAUUGGAAUUUUAAUUGAGGUGUGAGGCGUCUCAUUUACCAUCAUCAGUGCCCGACUCCAGAACGGCUGUUUGGACCAAACGUGCACAAAUUAUCACACAUAUGUCCACAUAUUUUUGCCAUAUAGUGUAGAUUUGAAGAAACUAUCGCCACAACCGAAAGCCUACAAAAGCAUUUUUAAUUAUUUUAAGUCAAAAUUAUGUGAAAAUUUUUUUGUUUUAAUCAGUUUGUGCUCAGCUUAUUAGAAUGUUUAUAAUAACGUAUUUAGUUCAGAUCUGCUGUCGUAGUUACUAAUUAUUCAGUAAAUUCUCUUUUAUUUUAUCUAUUAUUAUGCUUCUAUUAUCUUGUACCUCCAGUUUCUGUAAUGAGCAGCAUUUUACUGUAUGCACGUAAAUGUAUGUAGCACUAAUGCUAAUAAAACAUGAACUAACAUCUCA